UUGCAGGGCUGGGAGCCUUCCGGAAAGCAUUCCGGAGGCCGUGCCUGGGAAUGGAAGCCGCGUUAUAAACAGGACAUUGCGGGAUUGCUUCCUGAGCGCGGACAGAACACUUCAAGAAUGAGUCCACCACAAGACAGAAAUAGAAAUUCCUGCAGCAGUGAGACUCUGGCAAAGUGCCUUCAAGCAAAGAAGGACUUGGAAACAGCUAUAUCUGGAAUUGUCAAAGCUGAACAGCAGAUUAAAGAAAACUGGCGGGAGGUCAAGGCCAAGAUCCACAGCCACAUCAGCCGGCAGCUGGAAUGCCUGCGCAGCCGUGAGGUGUGGCUCUUCGAGCAGGUGGAUCUCAUCCAGCAGCUCAAGGAGGAGGCCUUGCAGCAGCAGGCACAGCAGCUCUACUGGUACUUGGGACAGUUCAAUUGCCUUAUUCAUCAGCUGGAACGCUCCUACAGUAACGAACUGGCAAACCAGAUUUCCGUUUGCCUGGAGAGACUGGAAAGUCUUACACUUAAACCUGAAGAGUCUUCCAUCCUGAAUUUUGAGGCUGACACAUCUUACCUUCGCCAAGCUAUUACCUCAUUUGGUUCCAUUAAAACAAUGCAAACCUCAGAGAGAGAGAAUGCUUCUCCCUGGUUCCCAGGCCAGAAUUGUGCCCUAAUGAACUGUGAGCAGCAGCAGACGCUGUGUGGGACAGUGAGUGCCUCGCUGGCUGACUGGUUACUCGGAAGCAGGCCUGUGGGUGUGCGCCAGGCUCCCUAUGUUCCCAGCACCAAUCUUGAGGAAUGGAUUACCCAAAAGUGUGUGUUAGAGCCCAGCCAGGAUUUGAAUUCUUCCAAAGUCUGCUAUUUUGAGCAAGCCUGGGGAAAUCUGAAGGAUUUGGAGAACUGGCUCCUGCACAAUCAGCAGCGUGAUGUUGCUGGGAAGACAGAUUCCCCUGGUCGCAGGGACUCCACCUCUACUCUCAACUCAUCCUUUUCCACUAUUGAAAAGGUGGAGGAAUUAGAAUCCCUUGGACAAGAAGAGAUGGACCUUUCUGACUGGCUGCUUACUCCCGACACAGUAAAUGGAAGUAUUGCUUCAGAUGAGAAAUGGAAGAAUGAAUUUAAACCUUUCAGGGAAGAAUGCAAUUUGAAUGAUUGGCUCCUCAAAGCUGAAACAUGUACCAGUUGUCGUGGCAGCCAGAGCAGAAGUGUGGAAAUUGAGAACCUGGGAAAUCUGAAGUGCCUGAAUGAGCAUCUUGAUGGAAAGAAAUCACCUGCUACACCUGCUGUAAGUGCUUGGCUUCUUCAGCAUCCUCAGGCCCCCUUUAAAGUGGAAGAUGUGUGCAAAGCUAAUGAUCUGUGUGCCAGCUUUUCAGAAUGUGUGUGUGAUGAAAACUGUGGAAAAGAAGCUCUUUGCAAAUGGCUUCUGAAGAAAGAUGGGAAGGACAAAAAUGGAGUUCCGGUCAGCCAGAAAGAUGUACCAGACCCUGAGCAUGAUAAGACCAAGUUUGCUGCCAGUUCCUGGCUUAGCCCUGCACAGCAGCUCCCAGGGGAACCUGUGAGUGCAGAGAAAGCAGAUUAUUCAGCAGAGAUCGCAGAACCCUGGAAAGCAUUGCUGGAGAGACCUCUGACAAGCUGGCUGGCCAAGGCUGAGCACAAAGCAGAAAGCACAGAAGAAAAGGAGCGUCGGGAAAAAGCAGACAAGAGUUUCAAGAGUCCUUUCCUAGACCUCUUGGCUCCAUUCCACCUCCCCUUAAAUGUAAACAGUUGGGUGUUGACUUCAAAUGACAUAGAAAAUGCAAACCCGCCUCCAGUGGAAGAUAAAUGGCUUCUGCGCAAGAAAGCACAAGACUUUGGCCUUCCUACAGUUUGCGACCUUUUUGCCUGUAUGAAACUCAGUGGAGAUAACGAGAAAUGGCUGUAUCGGUCUCCCUUACAGAUGUGAAGAACUGGAAGUGUCAAAAUCAUCCCCUUCCUGCUGUCCGUCGCACAUCACACUGAGUGACUGCAGCCAGCUGAGUGCUUGUGUUUUGUGUUUGGCCGUCUGCUUUCUCUUCUAAAAUCAUAACAAAAAGAAAGAUUCCUUACCUAACAGAGUUAUGGUGCAGAAGAUCCCUUUCUGUUGUCAUUAAUUCUGAAAUGUAAACCCACUGACCAUAAGCAAUCUGAUGCUUUAGAGGUGUUAGCAAAUUUGUAUCUGUUAUUGGAAUACGUGGAUCUUUAAAGGGUUGUCACUUGAAGUAUGUUGAAGCCAGUGCAGGUAUAAAGCAGAAUCUUCCUGGUGCUGUGGAACAUAGGAACAAUAAAACACCUUUGACAGAGA